AACACUGAAGCGAAACGGAGCAAGUCAAAACAUAAUCGUAAACUUUAAUGGGAGCAAAAACAGUGAGAUGACUCUAAAAAGCACACUGUCUAGAUUCAGAGUCACUUAUGGGGACUGUUAACCAUGGAAACAUCAGAUCAACUUAACACAAGUCAAGUUGAAGAUUCACAGCUUCAACUGCAAUCUUCAAACUGCUGCUCGACUAAAGACACUAUAAUAGAUGAGAACUUCCUGCAGCUGGACGACAGCACGAAGCUAAUAGGAGUUCAAGUGAUUCUCAUCCUGGCUUACAGCACCAUCAUCCUGUUUGGAGUUAUUGGAAACUCGUUGGUGAUAUAUGUUGUCUUCAAGUUUAAAAAUCUGCAAACGGUUACCAGUUUCUUUAUCGUAAACUUAGCUGUUUCAGACCUGUUGGUGAACACAUUAUGUUUGCCUUUCACCCUAAUCUACACGCUGUAUGGCGAGUGGAAGUUCGGUCAGGUGUUGUGUUUCAUGCUGCCCUAUGCUCAAGGUGUUGCGGUUCACGUUUCCACCAUCACUUUAAACGUCAUCGCCCUGGAUCGCCACCGGAGCAUUGUCUACCACAUGGAGACCAAGAUGUCCAAAAACACGUGUGCCCUAGUAAUUGCCAUCACUUGGGCUGUAAGUGCGCUGUUAGCUAGCCCACUCGCCAUUUUCAGGGAGUAUGGGACGUUAGAUUUCCCACCGAACGAGUCUAUCCAGGUGUGUACAGAAGAGUGGCCUGGAAGCAGCAUGAAUGGAAGCAUCUACAGCAUAUCCGCGAUACUGAUUCAAUAUGGCUUACCUCUGAUGGUUACCUCUGUUGCCUACAUUCGCAUCUGGAAUAAACUGAAGAAUCACAUGACCUGCACGGGACGAAACGUCCGAAACCAGCGUAGGGAGAAGACCACAAAGAUGCUGCUGCUGAUGGUGGUGGUCUUUGCUGUCAGCUGGUUGCCGUUCCACGCUUUUCAGCUGGCCGUUGACAUUGACAGCACUUUGUCGUACAUGAAGGACUUUAAGCUGCUUUUCACCGUGUUUCACAUCAUGGCUAUGUGCUCCACAUUCGUAAACCCUAUCCUGUAUGGAUGGAUGAACAAAAACUACAGGAAAGCCUUCUUGUCUGUGUUUAACUGUUACCAGCCUAAGGUAAGGCUAAGAGGAUGUAAAGGCAGAGACAGGCAAAAGAAUGAAGAGGAGGUUUACACAGACUCUAAAUCAACUAAGGUUUAAAAUACACAUGUAAGAGCAAGUUCAUUGAUUAUCAUUCAUGGAAAUAUAUCCACUUGGUUUUGUGAGGGCACUCUGACCUCCUAAAUUAAGCGUUAUAGAUACAGCCUAUAUUUGGGCUGGAAAAAAUCAUUUUAAAAGAGCUUCUACUUUAACUUACCUUCUCUCUUCUCUAUGAUUGGGUCAUAGGGUCAUAAAACGUCAUGUCCCCACAAUCUGUGGAGCUCACAAUAUGUAUUUAGAAACUCCUAACUCCACCUUAAUUCUUACUUUUAAAGUAACUCUUGGACAGUGAGCAGGAAACUGAAAAGAACGUCUAAGCUAGAGUAAAAAAAAAAACGACAUUUGUGGCUAUACUCUAGAAAAUACAUAAAUGUCCAUCCUUCGCAGAGGCUGUAUGGCUCUCUGACAAUAGCCGAAGGGUUCCAAGACGGCUCUCUUUCCAAUUAGUUUUGGUCAAUACACAAGUCGAGGUCAGAUUUAUCUAUAGAGUACUUUUAAACAAACAAGGCUUGUUCUAAUGCUUUACAGUGGGCAUAAAAACAAACUUUACAAGAUAAUUUAAGAACAGAGCAAUUCAAAGAUUAUUAUUACACAUAAAAAACGGAAAAAAGCAGUAUUUGUAAGUUGUGGGUAUUUCUUUGUAUUGUUGGAGUUUGUCUGUGUAUGGUUCAUAUCUGUAUGUUUUGAUCUGAUCAGACUGUUCUCUCAAAGUAAUUUAGUUAUUUUAAACUUCAAUUUGGGUACACUCAAGUUUUAGCGCUCCGGUAAGCUUAUGUUCCCUGUCUGCUUCUCUCCUUAUAAACUGUAGGACAUGGU